AUGAUGCGCCCUCCCCCACCUCCCUCUCGCCGCGCAGACUCCUCCUCUCCCCUCAAAUCCGGACCCAUGCCCCUCCCCAACCGGUCUUCCUCCCCACAACGGCCAAACCUCCAGCACCCUCGCCCUAUGCCCCUCCUCCCCUCUCUCACAAGCAUGUACCAGACCUCUCCCUUCCGCCCUUCUAGCGCGUCCAACAACGUCCACUCCGGCGGAAACGACCGAAACCACGCCUUCCUUCCUCCUUCCACUCCAGGACGGAGCGGUAGGAAGGAGACCCAGGAAGAGGAGGAGGAAGCAGAGUACGAGUCCUACACCCAGCCAUCGUCCGCGCAACCUCGACGCUCCCCUGCAGCGGCAGCAUCGGUCUCUCAGCUCUUCACUCAACCUCCUUCCCAGUCCCCAACUCAAGCCCAGUCCAGCGGGAUUCUCGUUCCCGAGACUGGCUUCCCUCCUCGUCAGCUCUCCGACCACUCUGUCCUCCAGAGCUUCUCGGGCAACUUCUCCCCUCUUACCGCCGUUCCCCCUCCAUCGCGCCAACCUCGACCUCGCGAGUCGCUCGUCCCCGAGACCCGGUCGCAGGCGCAGGAAGGAAACAGGGCUCUUGCGAGGAACGGCAGCCUCGUGGAUACGUAUCGCCCUCAGGAGUCAAUGCCGGUUAUGCAGCCGACCCAAUCGCAACGGCGGGAGAACCCAUGGAGUAUGGAAGAGUAUGGUCAGGGCGGAGGAUAUGGACAGGGCGGAGGAUACGGGCAGGACGGAGGAGCGGGGAGGUCCGCUAGCGUCAUGGGCAGGCCAUCCACCUCGAUGAGCAUGAGUACGCAGGGAGGAAGGACUACAGCGGCGCCGGGCGGCAGAGGGGCGGCGGGUCUCUUCCUGGCUUCGACUCAGCAGGGAGGGGCUGGGGGAAAGACGACCAGCGAGAAGAUCAUGGUUGCUGUGUCUGAAUGGUCGACAAAGAUACUCGAUAUGCUCGCCGAGGUCAAGAAGGAUCACAAGCAGAUCCGGGACCAGGUCCACGAGGUGCGAAUGGGCCAGGCGGCCUUGGCGACGAGGGAGGAGGUGGUUGAGGAGAUCACAUCGCAACUAUCGCCCGCUCUACACGAGUUCUUCCUAAAUCUUCACGUCAAGCUGGAGGAGCAGGUCUCGCCCCUGCCCGAAGACACGGCCAAGCUCGUUGCCGAGAAGAUACGGAAUAUCAUGACGGAGUUCAAGCAGGUGGAAGCGAGUCAGCGAUCGCAGGAGGAUAGUCAAGAGAAGCCGGUCGUCAAGCUAAUCGACCACCUCAUCUCCAAGCUCGACUCCGUCUCCCACAUCAGCGACUUCCUCAAGGGGUGUCAAGACCUUCCGGACGCUCUACGGGACGUGGCGAUCUACAGGCAGUCGAUGGACGUCGUAUCGGCUAUGGUUCAGGCUGGACCUGGACCGUCUUCGGCCCCUCGCCAGCCCGAGCAGCCGGCCCCGGUCGACAGCACCCUCCUAAGCGCAAUUCAGACCAGCAUCGACUCCCUCAAUCAGCAGCUCGGACAACACGUCGCCAACGUCCAAGCCAAUCCGGCGGACAGUGGAGUACUGGAAGCGAUCAUCCAGCUCGCGAGAGGACUGGACGACCUUCCGCGUCGGCUUCAGCAGCCUCCUCCUCCGCAAGCUACUGAGCCCCCUCAGCUGUCCAGUGAGGUUCACCACCUCCGGACCCAGGUCGAGACGCUAUCGGGCGACCUCUCGGCCAUCAAGGCUCUGCUCCAGCAGCAGCAGAGUGCUGUACCGGCGGCGGCCCCAGCGCCUCCUGCGCUGGACACGGAGGACCUCGUGGCUCGGGUCAAGGACGCUGUCCUGCGCGAUAUGCCUGUCUCUUCUCCCGCCAAGAAGCCAGCGGAGCAUCCAGUGACCGCCUGGGACUGGGACCGCUUCCGGGCGCCUACCGUCACCCCGCGUCUGGUCCUACGGCCCGCACCUCCCCAGGUGCAGCACAGCAAGGUCGCUUCGCCUCGACGUCAAGCCCAUGCGCCUCCCCAGAUCCAGAUGCCUCCGUCAUCCCCUCCCCUCGCGCCCACCCCAGACCCGCCGCACGAGCACGCCGACUCGGACUCCCAGCUCCAGCUCACGGAGACGGAGAUGAGUCAGACUCAUACACAUUCUCAGACGCAAACGCAAGACUACCCUACGCCUGUCUCGAACGCCCGACCUCGUACUCGCUCCAUCACCACCCAUGGUCGACCUCUCCUCCAGCCACUCUUCACUGGCGGCUCAUCCAUCACCAUCCAGCCCUCUACUUCCUCCACCCUCAUCGCCUCCACCGCUACCCUCGUUGGCUCUACCACCACCGGCAUCGGCUCAGAGACCACCCUCGUCGGGUCUGCAACCUCACUCGUCGGCGCGACCUCCAACCCGGCGAACCCUCCCGCUAGCGUUAGCUUCCAAGGCGGACAGUUCCGCAUCAAUACCGCCGCUGGCCCAUCUGACGUCUUUGGCAGUAUCCGCGCCACGUCCAGCGUCCGGCCAUAUGUACCCUCCUCUCCCGCUGUAGCGAGCAGUAUGGGCGUCAGCGUCGAAGCGGAGGAGGCGGAAGAUGUCGACGGGUAUGAUGACCUCUUUGAUGGUCCAGGGGGUCUUGGUGUGAAGCAGGCUGGGGUAGGGCCGAAGGGGAAGGGCAAACGAGCUGCAAGCGGGCCAGACACGGCGACUCCGGCUCCAGCGGCAAAGAGGCGGGUCAGGACGCGCACGUCCGUUGCCAAGUCGACUACUCCUGCCGUGGCUCCUCCUAUGGCGGCGGCUGCAGCUCCGGCUACGGCUGCCGCCUCAGGCAGUACGUCCCGCCCCUCGUCUAAAUCCACCUCACCCGCCAAAUCCUCGGUCCCCGCCUCAUCCGCUGCCGCCGUCGGCCCCGAUCUGCCCGCCGGCGCUUCUGCUCCUCGCCGACACAACCGUCAGAUCAUGCGGCUCGACUCGGACUCCUCCCCGGAAUUCAUCAUCACGGGCGGCUUCAAGCGUUCAGAGCGGAUCCAAGCGAAAAGCACUGCCGACGACAACCCUAUCUACAAGUCCGACUCUCAGGGGUCUUCCAAGGGCAGUUCGGCGUCCCCGAGCAAGCGGACGCGUACCAUCUCCAGAGCGGUCAAGCAGGAGCUCAUCGACAAUGCCGCAGCCAAUGCCACCUCGGGCCCGUCGGGCGCUCAGGACCAGUCACCGAGCGAGAGCGACUCGCUCAACUCGACCGGAUAUCAUCCGGGUGCAUCGCAGGCUACUAUCCCUAGCUCGGUCCCGCCACUCUCGGCUGCGGGCGAAACGCAGGUGAGCUCGGACGAGGCGUCUCAGUCCCUGCGUCCCCCGCCGAGGGACCCCGCGCCGAUGGCAGCUGGGACAAAGUAUACUCGGAAGAAGCGGUACGAGAAUAUCUCGACGGGCUCGGACGACGAGACGCCGUGA